AAAAGGCACAAAAGAAGCACAAAAACAUUUUCAACUUUAUUAACAUAAACAGCUGUUAUUCUUGUUUAUGUUUAUAGUUGCCGAUGCUAUUGCUUAUAUAGAUAUCUGCAAGCAUGAGCUGCUGAGCACAAAUGAUAACAAAUCAUAUUCAUGUGUAUUCAAUGUAUAGCAUAUUUUCUUUCUUCUAUUAAGCAAAGGCAAGCAAGGUAAUUGUAACUGGUUUUUCAUUUUGCAUCAUUUUAAAGUGAACAGGUUUCUCUCGCAAUUGUUGUAUGACUAUAUUGGCGUUGUUGUUAUUGCAUUCGAUUGUAGUGAUAAUAGCGACCGAUCAGAGAGCGAAGAGUGUUGCUGCCGAUAUUUACGUAGAUGUACGCAUAUGUUUAUAGUAUUUGUGCUAACGGCUUUGGCGGCGGUCUCGUCUGGCUCAAGUGGAAACUGGUUUCUCGGAAAACAAGUUAACCCGGUUUUCCGUUUCUGAAAUCAUUACUUACUUAAGUUAAACGCCAAACUAAAGUGAUCAAAUUUUUUCUGCUUGCUUCUCAAAAGCGCAAAACUUUAGUCAAUCAUUGUCGUUCAUCGAAAAUGGCUCAGCAUUCUAAACCGGAUAAAUAUAUUGAUGUUGAUGCUACCCAAUUGAAGCCUAGUCCGAAUCGUGUUCGUAAUAUUCUAACUUUGGAAGAGCGCGUAGCCGCUAUUGAAGCCUAUUAUUGUCGUCCUAUGUAUACAAAAGUUGCCCGUAUGUUUAAUUGCAGUUGGGAACAAAUUAAGAAUAUUAUAGCGAAUCGUGAAGCGAUUAUGAAAUUUUAUGAAGCCACUAGGAAGCAAAGACCACAAGAAGACGAGUCUGAUAUUAAUUUGGACAUUAAGCAGAAAAAAUUGAGAUUUCUCGGUGAAUGCAUUUACGAGUACAUACAACGAGUACAGUUUCAUGCUCGUGUAGAUAUAACCGAAGAGUUGUUGCGUACGAAGGCAUUAGAAUUUCGCGAUAUAUUGGUCUUAAAUGAUUUCUAUCCGAGUAAAACGUGGAUAAAUCAUUUCAAAGCUACAUAUAAUAUAUCGCUGUCCAAUCGACAAAUUGCUUUAACCCGAGUGCCGCCAUCGUCGCUCGACUUGAAAGAUAUUAUGACUUAUUGCACAAAAAAUAAACCAAAUAAUCCCAGUCUUAUCGAAAUUAGAGAAUUGCAACAGAAUCUUGGUAAAGAGCAAAUGGGUACAAGCGUUGACACUACAAUUGAAGAACUGGAGGAGGAAAGGCGUUCGCGCAAAUUAAAUUUUCUGGAGAAAGCUUUAGCUGAGUAUGUGUUGCGAGCGAAAUUCCAUCACAAAAGUAUUUUACUAAAUAAUGAAUCAUUAAUUAAGGUGGCUCGCGAAUUAAAUGAUAUUUUAAAAGUGCAACAAUUUGUGCCUUCGCAUAACUGGAUUCAAGAGUUUAGAACACGGCAUAGUUUCGAUGCGAUACAAAAUCAUAAUCGUCGUCCGCCCUUAUCUUUGGAUUUAAAAGAUAUAUUAAGCUAUUGCAGUCGUAUGGAUAAUAAAGAUAAAGCGCCCAUCAUAACAUUAACGCCCAAAAAUCCCUCAAUUCAAAUAAAAUUGCAAACAGCGACGCCACAGCAGCAACUGAAAUUUCCUAAUUCAGCGGUGAAAUUUCAAAAAAACCCGAUUAUCUACCUUGAUGUGGAUGAAGAGGAAGAGGAUAUAAAGCCGGAUAUAGAAGAAAUCAAAAUACAACCCAUACCUCAGGAAACAUAUUCACCACCAAUAAAAAUACGUAAAAUUGAAUCAAUCAAUGCCGAUGCUCGCAUCAAAUUAACAGCAAAUGUGCAAACAGCGACAAAUGCCAAUUCGACAAAUUGCCAAAAAUCUAUUAGCAAUCAUAGUCCCGGCCAUUGGUCUGAAUAUAGUAACGAUGAGGAAGAAGAUGAAGAAUUACCACGUCAAGUACGUAAUACGAAAGAUGCGUUACGUUUACUCAAACCUCUUGAAGAAUACGCGAUGCUUAAAGAAAAUUAUCGGGCAAUCGGUUUAAUUGCUCAGCUGGAGGAAAUUCUAAAGAACACUCAAACGAGUCCAACUGAAAAGGAAUACGAAACAUAGAAAAAAUGAGAGCAAAAAAAGAAAAAAAGAAAAAGCCUUAAAGGAGGGCGUAAAUAACUUCCUAACUUCAAUGUAAUUUUCCGAUGUAAAUAUUAGAUAAGAGCAUCUAUUGGUAAAGUUAGUUCCUUUUAGAUUAAACCUCGUAACUGAACUCUUGCAUUUGUCUUUUCAAACAACCAGCAGAACAUGUUAUCAGCUAAGGUGCAUUUUUCUAAAGCGUAGCGAUUCGUAAAAUUUUCCAUCAUAAUUUCUCGAAUGAUUAUUAAAUGCGGGCGACUUCAGAGUUCAUCUUUGCUCACAAAAGCCUCGUCAAAGAACAACUCGUAGGCUAUGCGAUUAAUGUUAAAAGAGACGAUAUUAGUAAAAGAACCUGUGAUGUUACUUUAAGCAACUUAUCAUUUGAAAAGGAAACACAUAGUUGAAAUCGUAAAUAUGUUGUAUUAAAACUUCUUACGGCGAAAUUUUUAAUAUAUUAUAAUAGGUUGGGGCAUAAUUAUCACGCGUUUUCAAGCGAUCUUGUCAGGCAUUCUUGCAAACUAUUUAUAUGAUUAAUCCGGAGCGCAGUCAGCGUCUACUUUAAUAAUGGCUGCCCAUUUGCUUGGAAGAGAUCGAUUUCACAAAGACAAAGGGUACACGAUUCUUGGAGGCAAUCCAUCAAGCUUUAGCAUCCGCCAGUAUGCCACAUGCUUGGUCGUCGAAAUCCGAUGGGCGACCUCUUAUUGGUUUAUCUUCCAAGGGAGUGUUGCUAGCAUGGACUUUCGCUGAUUGUGCCCUCACGCGCGAAAUACGUUGAGAUGGCGAAAGGACUAUGCUGCUGUGCAUCCUUUCCCAAAGUGGUGCAGCGUAUUACGACAAAUAUGAAUAUCAUUAUCGCCACGCCUAUAUAUUAUAACCUAAAAGUAGAAGAAUGUUAUCAUUCAUACAUUUAUAAAAUAUUAUACAUUUUUAUUAAAAUAUAGCACGUGAAAGAAACGCCUGAUAAUUAUGCCUCAACCCAGUAUUUAUUGACGCGCUGUAAGUAUUCU